AUGUCCUUUUUGGGGACAGUAAGACCAAACACCGCCCUGCAGCAGUCUGUGGUCAGCCAUAACAAUGUACCUCGAAGCCAUGGCGACACGGAUGACGACAACCCAGUCGAUGACCCUCACUCGACCGCAAAUACCCAGUACACUGAUCAAGAAAAGAGCGAGGAUGCCGUGACGCUGCAGGAGGAUACCGAAGAGAAGAUGGAAGUUCGGGUGGGGGAUCUAGCUCGACGACUCACUCGUCAGUCGACUAGAUUCUCUGCAAAAGGCACUCUUGAGAACCCGUUCUUCGUGAAGGACCCUGAGUCGACCCUCAAUCCCGACAGUCCAAACUUCAAGCCCCGAGACUGGCUCAAGAUGUUACUUGCCAUUCGUUCUCGUGACCCCGAGCAGUACCCCGACCGAACAGCUGGUGUUGCCUUCAAGAAUUUGAAUGUCCAUGGAUUCGGGUCUCCAACGGAUUACCAAAAGGACGUCUUGAAUUCACUCCUAGAGGUGGGCACUAUUGUCCGCAAGCUGGUAGGUAUAAAGAUGCAAAAGAUCCAAAUCCUUCGAGAAUUCGAUGGUUUGGUGAAAAGUGGUGAAAUGUUGGUGGUUCUUGGAAGACCGGGAAGUGGAUGUACCACUUUGCUUAAAACCAUUGCUGGGGAAAUGAACGGGAUUCAAAUGUCAGAUGACUCGACACUGAACUAUCAAGGCGUGCCUGCGCAGAUGAUGCACAAUUCCUUCAAAGGCGAGGCAAUCUAUUCUGCGGAGACUGAUGUGCAUUUCCCUCAGCUUUCUGUCGGCGAUACUCUUAAGUUUGCUGCCCUUGCCCGGGCCCCUAGAAAUCGCUUGGAGGGCGUUGGUCGGCAGCAGUAUGCAGAGCAUAUGAGAGACGUUGUAAUGACGAUGCUCGGACUAUCCCAUACGAUCAAUACGCGCGUGGGGAACGAUUAUGUUCGAGGAGUCAGCGGUGGAGAGCGAAAGCGUGUCAGCAUCGCGGAAGCUACACUGAGCCAGGCUCCUCUACAAUGCUGGGAUAACAGCACCAGAGGUCUUGAUAGUGCGAAUGCUUUAGAGUUCUGCAAGAACUUAGCUUUGAUGAGUAAAUACGCAGGCACCGCGGCCUGCGUGGCUAUUUAUCAGGCAUCACAAAGUGCGUACGACGUGUUUGAUAAGGUGACGGUUCUCUAUGAAGGAAGGCAGAUUUACUUUGGUCGAACGACGGAGGCCCGACAAUUCUUUGUGGACAUGGGAUUUGAAUGCCCAGACCGACAGACAACAGCGGAUUUCUUAACAUCCCUCACCAGCCCCUCGGAACGAAAGGUCCGCCCUGGAUUUGAAAACCGUGUGCCUCGCACUCCAGACGAGUUUGCUGCAGCGUGGAAGCGAAGUGACGCUCGAGCGAAACUGAUGAUUGAGAUCGAUGAGUUCGAGAAGCAGUAUCCCGUUGGCGGCACCUCAUACCAGUCUUUUAUCGAUGCUCGCAAAGCUAUACAGGCAAAGCACCAGCGCGUAAAAUCACCAUACAUGAUCUCGGUGUGGGAUCAAAUCUCCCUUUGCGUCGUCCGUGGCUUUCAGCGCCUUCGAGGUGAUUUCAGCUUGACAGCAACCGCAUUGAUCGGCAACUUUAUUAUUGCUUUGAUUGUUGCUUCGGUUUUUUUCAAUCUCCCGGACAACUCUGAGAGCUUCUACUCUCGAGGAGCCCUGCUGUUCUACGCAGUGCUUCUGAAUGCAUUCUCUAGUGCCUUAGAGAUCUUGACUUUGUACGCUCAACGGCCGAUCGUAGAGAAACAAGCUCGAUAUGCCUUCUAUCACCCCUUUGCGGAGGCUGUUGCAUCUAUGCUAUGUGAUACCCCUUACAAGUUGAUCAACUCUGUCACUUUCAAUAUCCCUUUAUACUUCAUGACCAACCUACGACGGGAUGCAGGAGCCUGGUUUACAUUCUGGCUCUUUUCAGUCGUCACCACUUACACUAUGUCAAUGGUCUUCCGAACGAUUGCAGCAACGUCUCGCUCACUUUCUCAAGCACUUGUGCCUGCGGCAAUUCUGAUUCUGGGUAUGGUGAUUUACACCGGCUUUGUUAUCCCUACCCGAAAUAUGCUGGGGUGGUCCCGUUGGAUGAAUUAUAUUAAUCCUAUAUCCUACUCUUUUGAGAGCUUUAUGGUGAAUGAGUUCCAUGGUCGGCAAUUCGAAUGCUCUUUAAUCGUCCCAUCUGGAGGAUCUUAUGAAAGUAUCCCAAUGCAGAAUAGGAUUUGCUCUACAGUUGGAGCGGAGACCGGAUCAGCAAUCGUGCAUGGGACGGUUUAUCUUGAACAAAGCUUUAAGUACGUUAAAGGACAUCUGUGGAGAAAUUUGGGUAUUAUGAUUGGCUUUAUGAUUUUCUUUGCUUUCACAUACCUUGCCUCAACGGAAUAUAUCUCGGAGCAGAAAUCAAAAGGCGAAGUCCUUCUAUUUCGCCGUGGACAUCAGCCUAAGAUAUCCUCUGAGAAGACUGAUAUGGAAUCACCGAAGCCCAGUGGGCCUCCAAAGACCGAUGAAUCUGCUCCUCAAGCUUCAGCGAGAAUUCAAAGACAGACCGCGAUCUUCCAAUGGCAGGAUGUUUGCUACGACAUUAAGAUUAAAGGGCAACCGAGGAGAAUUUUGGAUCACGUUGAUGGCUGGGUUAAGCCUGGUACCUGUACUGCAUUGAUGGGUGUCUCGGGUGCAGGUAAAACGACCUUGUUGGAUGUUCUUGCCACACGCGUUACUAUGGGAGUUAUUACUGGAGAGAUGCUUGUGGACGGUCGUCCUCGCGAUCAAUCAUUUCAGCGUAAAACAGGAUACGUCCAACAACAGGAUCUACAUCUAUCGACAUCUACUGUUCGUGAGGCCCUCAGAUUCAGCGCAAUAUUACGCCAGCCUGCGCAUGUUAGCCAUCAGGAGAAAAUUGACUAUGUUGAGGAAGUUAUCACACUCCUUGGCAUGGAGACCUAUGCUGAUGCGGUUGUUGGAGUACCUGGAGAAGGCUUGAACGUUGAACAACGCAAACGUUUGACGAUUGGAGUGGAGCUCGCUGCAAAGCCUCAGCUUCUAUUGUUUUUGGAUGAGCCUACUUCUGGUCUUGACAGUCAGACCUCCUGGUCGAUUCUGGACUUGAUUGAUACCUUAACUAAGCACGGCCAGGCAAUCCUUUGUACAAUUCAUCAACCAUCUGCCAUGCUGUUCCAGCGAUUUGAUCGUCUCCUUUUCUUAGCCAAAGGCGGAAAAACGAUCUAUUUUGGCGAGAUCGGGCAGAACUCUUCGACCUUGUCAAGUUACUUCGAGCGCAACGGCGCACAGCCACUAUCUCCUGGGGAGAAUCCAGCUGAGUGGAUGUUGGAUGUGAUUGGAGCAGCGCCAGGAUCUCAUAGUGAUAUAGACUGGCCGAAAGUAUGGCGUGAGAGCCCCGAGUACGCGAAAGUACAAGAACAUCUAGCCGAGUUAAAAUCGACCCUGUCCUCUAAGCCAGUGGAGAACUCCGACCCUGAGGCCUUCAAGGAAUAUGCGGCGCCGUUCUAUGUUCAGUUGUGGGAAUGCUUAAUCCGUGUCUUUGCUCAAUAUUACCGCACGCCAAGCUAUAUCUGGUCUAAAACGGCCCUUUCUGUGUUGACCUCUCUUUAUAUUGGCUUCUCAUUUUUCCAUGCGAAAAAUUCAAUCCAAGGCCUGCAGAAUCAGAUGUUUAGUGUGUUUAUGUUGAUGACGAUCUUCGGCAAUCUAGUGCAGCAGAUCAUGCCCCAUUUCGUCACGCAACGGUCUCUAUAUGAAGUCCGUGAACGCCCAUCGAAAACAUACUCCUGGCAAGCCUUUAUGACAGCCAAUAUCCUCGUGGAGCUCCCCUGGAAUACACUAAUGGCAGCAUUGAUGUUUUUCUGCUGGUACUACCCAAUUGGGUUGUAUAAUAAUGCGAAGCCUAAUGAUGCAGUGACUGAACGUGGAGGCCUCAUGUUCCUGCUUAUCUGGGCUUUCCUUCUCUUCACAUCUACAUUUGCCCAUAUGGUUAUAGCAGGCAUCGAACUGGCCGAGACAGGUGGUAACAUUGCUACCCUACUAUUUUCUCUCUGCCUGAUCUUCUGCGGCGUUCUUGCAUCACCCGAGAAAAUGCCUGGGUUCUGGAUUUUCAUGUAUCGUGUAUCGCCAUUCACGUACUUGGUCUCCGCAAUGCUUUCAACCGGUCUUUCCGGGACAACUGUUGAGUGCGAGCCAGUCGAAUACCUCCGCUUUGACCCCCCAGCGAACCAGAGCUGCCAGCAAUACAUGGAGGCCUACAUAAAUGCGACCCAGAGUGGUUAUCUGCAGAAUCCAGAAGCUACAGAUAACUGUGCUUUUUGUACUGUCAGUGAAACGGAUACAUAUCUCGCCAAUAUAUCGAGUAACUUUGACGAUGCUUGGAGGAAUUUCGGGUUAAUGUGGGUGUACAUUAUUUUUAAUAUUGGCGCAGCUGUUUUCAUUUACUGGCUGGCUCGUGUGCCAAAGGGAAAGAGAGCAUCUGGUGCAAUAUAA